UCUCCUUUUAUAGCAGAGUGCCAACGCGGACUGCUUUUCCUCAAGCAGCAACUCUAACGGAGGAGGGCGUGAAGAAACUUCCAAGAAGUGGUGAUCACAAUGUUGGUGAGAUCGCUUGCAUCGCUCUGCCUUUUGGCCGCCGUGGCCUUCGCCGUCCCUGCCCAGGAGAAACGUGUCCAUCACCAUGCCGAUCUCAGUGACCACGCCCACGAUGACACUCACGGAUUCCAAUACGACCAUGAAGCCUUUCUGGGGAAGGAGGAGGCCAAGACCUUUGACCAGUUGACCCCAGAGGAGAGCAAAGACAGACUGGCGAAGAUUGUGGACCGCAUUGAUACGGACAAAGAUGGUUUCAUCAACCAUGCCGAGCUUCAUUAUUGGAUCAAACACCGUCAGAGGAGUUACAUCUCGGAGAACGUGAACAGACACUGGAAGGAUUAUGAUAAAAACGAGGACGACAAGAUCGCCUGGGAGGAGUACAAAAACACCACCUAUGGCUACUAUCUUGGUGAGGAGUUUGACGACAUCGAGGACAAGGCUACCUACAAGUCCAUGCUCACCAGAGACGAAAGACGCUUUAAGACGGCCGAUCGGGACGGCGACGGGAUCGCCACGCGUGAGGAGUUCACUGCCUUCCUCCAUCCAGAGGAGUUUGAUUACAUGAAAGACUUGGUUGUACAGGAAACAGUUGAGGACAUUGACAAGAACGGCGAUGGCAAGAUCAACCUAGAUGAAUACAUUGGUGACAUGUACACACCAGAGGAGGGAGAGAGUGAACCUGAGUGGGUCCAGACCGAGAGGCAACAUUUCACCGAGUCCAGAGAUGCCAAUAAGGAUGGUUACCUGGAUUCCAGUGAGGUGGCCCACUGGAUUUUGCCAGGAGAAGUGGACCAUGCUGCCAAUGAAGCCAAACACUUGAUCCACGACACCGACACCAACAAGGACGAGAAAAUAACCAAGAAAGAAAUCCUGGCCAACUGGAACAUGUUUGUGGGCAGCCAAGCCACCAAUUAUGGAGAAGAUUUAACAAAGAGACACGACGAACUUUGAUGAGCUGUUGCAUUCCAGGAGGAGAUCAUUGCGGUUUUUGGUUCUCCAGUUUGUUCACGGGGGGUGGAGGGGGUAGUUAGGACAGGCCACUGGGUUCCACUCUGAUCAAGAGUAUGAACUUGUACUCUAGUUCACGGUUAGCUACUAUUCAACACGCUGUCACAUACUGUGUAUGUGGAUACAGGUGAUGCACUCCCACAUUUCUUACUCUCACAAAAGUAUUUCAGUUUGAUAGUACGAUUUGUUUGGAGUUGGAGCCUUGAAAGUGGUCGCAACAUUUCUGAAUGACAUCAGAGAACCAUCAUGGUGAUGUACACUCCUUUGUUUGUGUCUGGCUUAUAAGUCAAUACAAUUUAAAAAAACAAAAGGCGACAUUGUAUCGGAUACAGUUAUUACACACAACUGUACUACGUGAGGCGUGUCAGAAAACAACUUUGGCUACUAAAAUGUUUUUAAAAAUUUUCCAGGACAAAUAAACAGUUUUUUUUA